UCGGGCCGUCGAUCUGCUCGGAGCGGCUCUAUCAGCUCAGACUCUGAGGAGGAAGAGGAGGAGGAGGAGGAGUGUCGGUGCAGCGCCUCUGUCAGUCAGUAAACAGUCGGCAACCGACAUUAACGGACAGUAACGGUCAGUGAGGUGAUGAAGAUGAUGAUGAUGCUGCUGCUUCAGCUCGGCGGUCAUGUGACUUCUUGUGGAGGAUGGGCUGUCAGCGUUGAGCUAGCUUCCAGUAGACAGGAGGUCUAAGUUGAGGAGAGGGAUCAUGGGAGAUGGAGGACCCCUACAGACUGAGGGGAAUGCCCUCCUUAAAGCCGUCUUCCAGGGGAAACUGAGGCUUACCCGCUUGCUGCUAGAGGGUGGAGCUUACAUCAACGAGGGUAAUGAGCGUGGGGAGACUCCCAUCUCUGCUGCCUGCUUAGCGAGCUACGAUGACUCACAGACACGACAGCGGAUGGUGAGGUACCUGCUGGAGAAAGGUGCUGAUCCGAACAUCCCCGACAAGAGUGGGAGGACGGCGCUGAUGCAUGCCUGCGCCGAGCAGGCGGGGAAGGAAGUGGUCUCACUCCUGCUGGAGAACGGAGCUGAUCCCAGCCUCAAGGACUACUCUGGCUCCUCAGCCCUUGUCCACGCUAUCAACAAGGGAGACCGCGACACUCUGCAGGUGCUGCUGGAUGCCUGCAAGGCCAAAGGCAAGGAAGUGAUCAUCAUCACCACUGACACGUCUCCAUCAGGCACCAAGAAGACCAAGCAGUACCUCAACUCCCCCCCUUCACCGGGCAUUGUGGACAAACUGUCCCCAGCCUGCAUGUCUCCAUCUGAUGUAGAGAUUGGCACCUCCUCGCCUGCAGGAGACAAGAGCAAAGACGGCGAAGGGAUCUUUAGCUUUGCCCUCACCUCUGCUUUACCUUUACCUUCAGCUCGACCUCCAGGAGAAAAGAGACCGCCGCCACGCAAGCUGCUGAAAAGGUUGAACUCGGAGCCCUGGGGCCUGGUAGCACCCUCAGUGCUGAGUGGGGUUCCGCAGGAGAGGGUUGAUGGAGGCCUCGAGGAGGAGGGCAGCUGUGAUCUGAGCAAGACGAUCACUGAGAUCAACGGCCUGUCCAUCACAGAACCGGUGAGACCUCUUUUGUCACGGCGUCACAGCAUUGAGACCCACGACCCCUGCUCCCCUAAACUUAUUGACAGGUCCUGCUCAGAGGACUAUGCAGCCCUGUCUGGUUCCUCCUGGGCUGACAAAGUCCAACAGCACCAGAUCCUUUACCGUCGGAAUACGGCACCGGAGUCCCAGGAGAACGUCGGGGGACCUGGGGCAGUUGCAGCACGGGCUCUGGCUCACCCCAAACUCACCCGGAUGGAGCACUAUGAGUCAGACACCCACCUCUGCCCAGACUCCAUUCCUGGAUCUCCAGAUUCUGGCAGGGUGUCUGUGGAGCGGAGGAGGUACAAUGCCUCCCCCCUCUCCCUGGUUGCCAGCUCCUCCAGGGAGUCUCUGGAGAACAUCCCCAACUCGGUGUCCCCCAUCACCAUGCGCAGGCGUCCCCCAGGGCUCUUGGAGCGCCGGGGCUCUGGGACCCUCCUGCUGGACCACAUCUCCCACACCAGGCCAGGCUUCCUGCCUCCGCUCAACAUCAACCCCCAGAGACCCAUUCCGGUCAUCCGGACCAAUGGCAAGCCCACCUCCCCCGUUCACUCUGGGCACAAGAUCCUGGUCCCCGUGGCCCCGGCCUCGCCUAAACGGGGCCCCGACUUCAAAAUGAAGAAGAAGCUGAUGAGGAGACACUCGAUGCAGACGGAGCAGAUGAAGCAGCUCUCCACCUUCCAGGAGAUCCUGGCUGAGAAGGUCAUUGAGUCCAACGGGGAUUGAUGACAGAAGGCACUGGAGCAAGCAUGAUGGGUAGCUGCAGAGACUUUUAGAGUGGUGAUUUACUGUGAAGCUUCUCCAUCAGAUCAUAACCUCACUGAUAAACUCAUUUAAAACCAUGUUCUGGUGUUUAUGGAGGGCUGCACCAACAAGGGUUUUAUUAAACCGAGAAAAGGGUUCACCUGACCCUUCGCUAAGCCCCGCCCCUUGUGAUGGUCCAUCAAGCUGUUGGAGUAAGCAUGGAGCCCACGCUGUAACUAACUGCACUCCCUGAAGAAAUAUCAGAUUUUUGGAAAAAUGAAAAAGUGAUUUCAGAGAUAAGCAAACAGAGGGGUCUACAGUCUGUGUUUCAAGGAUAUAUCCAGGAUGUCAAACUCACUUAGCAUUGAAAACAGGUAAAAAAGAUAGAGACAGAAGCUAGAGCCAAACUUACAGAUCACAGUGUAACAGUGAACCGCCACAUGACCUGGCAAUUGAAACAGAAUACAAUGAAAAUAAAGGGAAACCAGCUGUGCAUCAUCACAGUGCAUUCAGAUGAACGGUGUUUGGCUUCCAACCAUGCUGCCAGCCGCUGGACCUCCGGCAGACGGGUGGGGAGCUACAGGGGAAGCCAAACACUGUUCAUGUUCACACAAUGUGAUGACACACAGCUGGUUGAAUAUCAGCAAAGUUUCCCUGCUUCCCUUCACUGGUUCCUGUACAGCAGGGUCAGUCUUUGUUUCACUGUUAUAAUCAUUAAAAAGCAAAACCAGCAUGUGUAUCCAUUCAGUAAGCUUUAUCUUCAGUAGCUAGCUAGCUAACCCUACACUUUUCACAGUUUGAUUUUGGUUUUGGAACAUGGAAGAAACGUAUAUCUUUUUCCAACCACUCCAGGUAAUGAGUAUCAUUAAUACACAACGUGCCCCAGGCACAGUAUUUAGCUCCAAAUCCACAAAACCAGCCUGAAAAUGAAGGAAAUCUUAACGAUUGCAUGACAGUCAAUGGAGCACAGCUGUGUUGUUGUCGGACCCUUGCUGGAGUUGGCAGUGCAACGUUAUGAUUCACCAAUCUGCGUUCGAGGGGAAGGACUUAGCGAAGGGUCAGUUAGAGUUUAGUGAAACUUAAUUUUAGAAAACCAGUUUUAAAUUUGAGCCACAAUUUGAAAUGAUAUCUGUGGGUCUGAGGUUAACGUUACUUUUCAUGGUUUAAACCGAUGUCAGUGUAACAAACUGAACCAGAAAUGUAGAAGUGCUACCUCAGUUUUAGUCUCUGCUGUUUAAGAAUUUGUUUUAAAAUUUGAUUGCUGACUUUUAAAGCCUCACAUUGCCAGGCACCCAAUGACAUCGCUGAACUCUUGAGUCCAGGGAUACUUAACUUGCUUUUCCUCUGAGGUCUCUUCUGCAAAGUGACAGGAGGCCAGGGGCCAGUCGUAGCAAAAUUGCAGCGGUUAGGUGUAUGCAGGGGCGUUUCUAGGAUUUGAGGACAUUCUGGGUUUACCCGAACCUCUGUUGGGGGGUCCAGGGGGAUCCUCUCCUGGCACUUUUUCUUGAUAAACAAGCUCUAUUUUAAUGCUUUUUAUGUACUCCGGUACCUUAUUUACACUAAAAGUACAAAAAAACUCCCAAUUUACUUUCAUUGUAAAUUAGAAAAUGGUUGGAGAGCCACCUGGCAGCCUAUCACGGACCAGAUUAUCUAAGAAUUAACUAAACAAACAAAAACAACUAUUUUGACUUAGUUGGGUUGAAGUUUUGUUGUCUACAAAGUUAACUAGCUGUGAUGCCAUGCUGGUCAGCAAUGCUAGCUUGAUAGCAUUAGCUGCUAUUUUCAUUUUUUGUUAGCACUUGAUAAACUCAGAAAAUGCAGCUGUUUGUGAAACUUAAGUCACCUGAGCUGUUGGUUUAAACCAAAGCUAGCUUCAGAGUGGACUAAUGCACACAGCAUUCAUUUGUUUUCUGUUCCUGGUAACAGCUGAAAGACCGGUUCAUUGCUUAUUUACAAAAAGCUAAAAGUUUUUUAAGAUUAGUAAGAGAAGUUUAACCCUCAUUGGUGCAACUCUCCUGUCUCUCCUCUUCUGAACCACGGGAAGCUUUCUGGGUUGAAAAUCAGUUUACAACACAUUCCUGAUGCUUCCUCAUUAUUUAUUCAAAAACUGAUGAAACUAUAAAAAGAAAUAAUCUGACUUGUUUGAUGUUUACAGAUGCACAAUUUGCACUGAGGUCCAUUUUCGUCACGUGACAUAUGAAAACAUGAACUUUCUGCUGGACCUGAACUGAUGAAACUAAAAAAAACUGAACUUUGACUCUGAAAAAAACUGUCACCUUUUCAUUAAUGAAGCAAACAUUUAUUUUCAUCCAUUUAUAAGCUCCUGUUCUGAUUGAAGAAUGUGAUAAAGUGUGAAACUACCUACUGCGCUGUAUGUACUGUAAUUAUAGACACACUAGUCAAUAUGAUAGUUGGUAUUCCUGUGUAAAUGAUUCUGAGCUCCUCUGAAUGAAUCGUCUUUAUUUUAAAGUUCAGAGGGACGUUUGAAACGUCCGUCCUGACAAUGUUUCUGUACUUUAACCAACAUCACUGAGGUGAUACUUUGAUCUAAUUUGUGUUGAGAUGAACUUAAAUGAAAUGUGGUUUUCUUGUUUAUGAAAUUCCAAAGAAGUUGUGUGGACGAUUUGAACCAAAACCUGCUGAAUCUGUAAAUACUGUAAAGAUGCGUCUGUGCAAUAGAGCCUGUACUGUAAUGUCAAUCCUUAAGCAGUUCUUCUGGUUCAACUCAAGAGGGCGCCGAAGGACAAUUAAGAGAACAGUUCCACGUUUUCCCUAUCCUCUCCAGAGUCAGAAGGUAGAACUCAGUUUCACCUCCGGGUUUGUUUGUUUUUUUCGGGGGGAUGACCCGCCCUACUCUGCCUUACUCUGCCUCUGAUUGGCUUACCCUGACAUCCUUACCCGAACCCUAACCAAUCUUCCUCCUCUUGCCCAAACCUAACCAACACAACCAGUGAAAGCAACGAGCACUGGCCAACCAGAAGGGGAAUAGAGUGGGUCGUGUCUUUGCCGUUCUAGGAAAAGAAAAUUCUGCGUCCAAGACUGGGUUAGCAUAGCUUAGCACAAAGAAGUUUAAAGGUUUUGGGUGUCAAAGCAAAAUUAAUCUGUCUUUAUAAAAUAUUUGUUGUGAGAGUCUUAAUGAAGUAGUGAUGACUCAUAGGGCUAGUUGGUAAACUGGUGAACUAUGCUAGCAUUAUUCAGUCAAAACAUCUCUGAGCUCUAUUUCCUCUACACUGUUCUGAUUACUCUGACAUUUAGUUAUCAGGAUUGUUCACUCAUAUUCAAUAGCGUGCUGCAGGGAUGACAUUUUUUGUAAGCCAACACAGAAGUUAUUGCCCUGGUUCCCCAAACAAAAGGCGAUGUGAUUUUUCCAAUUGGCACAAUUCAGUUUGUAUUGCAGGAAAUAAGCUCUGUGGCAAAUGUUUUGCUCACCAAGAUAAUCUUCACAAAUGAACAUCAAUUUUAUGUUCUAAGCGUAAAUGCAAUUGCCAGAAGUAAAAAACGAAUGUUGGGGUAUAAUCGAACGACACCACACGCGUGACUUCAAUGUCACCACCACAACAAGGCAGAUGACAUUAUGUAGUCUCAUUUAACAGCUUGUCAUCAACCGUCUUUUCUAAGACACUUUAAGGCUUCAGUUGGGUAUUAAUUGAUGUAUUUUAUGUUGUAGAACAAAAUGAAGUCUCUCAAGCUAGUAUUGCAAUUGCUAAACUAGGAUAACGGUUUCCCUCUCCUUCAAGUCUUUGUGCUAAGCUAGGCUAAACUUGUCCUGGAUACACAGAGAUGAAAACUCAUGACUCUGGAGAAGAUCAAGAUUUACAAAUGUGUUUUUAUAAAGUUUAAUUAAAACGAGUAUCUCGGAAUCGAUUGAUUGUUGAUAAAGUUUGACAAAAAUGUUUUAACGAAGCUUCCUGUUGACACUUUGAGCAGAAAGAAGAUUAAGUUGAUUCAUGUAAAAACUUGCCCUUUGCGAUAUGAAGAGUAAAUAAAAACACAAUUAUGCAAAGUGGAUCCAGUUCACACCAGUCUGUACCAGUUAAAAUCAGGCUGAUCAAGUUUAUUCAACCUGAACCAGACCUGUUAAAAUUUGAUCAGAUGGGUCUAAACUGGAUCAGACUGGUUUAAACUGAAUCAGACUGGUUUUAAACUGGAUCAGACUGGUUUAAAACUAAAUUGGACUUGUUCAAACUGGAUCAAACCAGAUCUGACUGGUUUAAACUGAAUCACACUGGUUUUAAAUUGGAUCAGACUGGUCUAACCUGGACUAAAUUCAAUCAGAUUGGGUUGAUUAGAAUGGAUCAGGCUGGUUUAAAACUAGAUUGGACCUGUUCAAACUGGAUCAGACUAGUUUACACUGAAUCAGACUGGUUUAAACUGAAUCAGACUGGUUUUAAACUGGAUCAUACUGGUUUAACCUGGAUCAAAUUCGAUCAGAUUGGGCUGGUUAAACUGGAUCAGGCUGGUUUAAAACUAGAUUGGACCUGUUUAAACUGGAUCAGACUGGUUUGGUUGAUGGACCUUGUUAUUGUACGUAGAUACUUGAAGUUUAAACUAAAUUAAAGUAUUUUUGUAAGCCUGUUAGCAGAUAGAAAUGUCUCUAAUGAAUCUGUGAUCUAUUUUUCUUACUUUCAAUCUGAUUGUAACUCAAACUGUGGAAUAAAAACAUUUGUUUCAUGUUCAACACUCGAACCUGCUGCAUCCAGUCUUCAGUCAGAAGAUGAGGUGGUGAUGUAAGAAAUGAAUGAAAAGGACUUUGACAGAGUGGGAAAAUGACGAAGUAAAC